ACUCAAAGAAAUAUGCAGCAGAUACGAAUUUAUUGUAUCUAACUAUAUUUAAAAACACUAAUUGCAUUUGAAACAUCAAUUACAGAUUUUGUUUGAAAGCAUAGUGUCUAUGUAGAAACGUAAGAACCAUGUGUUCGCCUAUGCAUUACAUGUAUGCUUUGAAUUUUCUAAUGGCAUGUCACAAUACCAGUAACGAUUUUUUCACAAUAACCUCUCCGGUAGGUUCAUUUCAACGUAUCCAGUGGAUUUAUCCAGGUACGAAAUGGUGUGGCACAGGAGAUAUUGCGGAUAAUUAUAACGAUUUGGGUAAAUUAUGGAAAACCGAUAGUUGUUGCAGAACUCACGAUCAAUGCCCUUUCAUCAUUAAUGGUGGUGAAACCAAGUACAAUUUGUCAAAUACGUCUUUCCACACAAAAUUACAUUGCAGUUGUGAUGACGAAUUUUACUAUUGUUUGAAAGAUGUUGGAAGUGUGGAAUCUGAUUUCAUUGGCUAUAUGUAUUUCAACCUCAUAGGAACCCAGUGUUUCAAAAAAGAUCACCCUAUUAAAAAAUGCUUGAUUUUUGAGCAUUCUUUGUUCACAUCAAAAUGUGUACUUUAUCAUCAAGACAGGACCAAGCCGAAAGUUUAUCAAUUUUUUGAUGUAUCAUAUUUCUAAUUAUAACACAAAAUUGAAUGUUCCAUAAAUUAUUCAAUGUAAUACAUUUAAUUUUGAAAUAUAUUUUUUCUUGAAA